UUUGUUCUGAGCGUAUUAAGGACAAACCGACAAAGCAUCUCGAUUGCUGUAUGCAUUUCCUGCGUCAAUCUCCCGUCUUCUCAUCUCCUCCUCUGUUUCUUCUGUCAUGGCAACGCCACCACCUCUGCCCCUCCCUGUCGAUUUCUGCGCCAUCUUAUCCGAAUCCAAACGCAUCAUCAACGCCCACUCCCGCCACUUCCUAGCUCUCUCUGUCCUCUUCCUUCUCCCUCUCUCCUUCUCCUUCUCCGCCUACCACGCCGUCUAUCAACUCUUCUCCCAAUCCUCUACUCCCACCAUCGAAACCCACCUCAGCUUCCUCAGCCCUUUUCAACAACAGCCCCCCAUCUUACCCGCUAAACCCCUCAUCUUCACUCUCCUUUACACCCUCUUUAUCUUCAUCUUCUCUCUCUUCGCCACUGGUUCCAUCACUUACAGCGUUUUCCACAGCUUUUAUGGCCGACCCGUCAAGCUCGUAUACGCUAUCAAGUCAGCUUUCACUUCGUUCUUCCCUCUCGUGGCAACUUGCCUUAUAUCCGAGCUUAUCAUUUCUGGGUUCCUUUUAAUUCUUGGUUUAGUCCUUUUUUCAUUAGUCAAAGCAACCCAACUUUUAGGCUUCCAAGUUAAUUUCUCUUCACCUUAUUUCAUUUUCCUUUGUCUGGUUUUCUUAAUUAUUUUCAGCUGUAUUGUGGUUUAUUUACAAGUGAAUUGGGCAUUUGCUUAUGUUGUUGUCGUCAUUGAAUCGAGCUGGGGACUUGAACCAUUGAAACGAAGUAAAAAUUUAGUUAAAGGCAUGAAAUGGAUUGCUUUUUCGAUGCUUCUGUUUUACGGGUUCUUCAGUGGGAUUUUAACGUGGGUCUCAGCUGCAGGAUGGGAUGAAGCAGUUGCUGAUAAAUGGAAAAGUUGGGCAUUUGUUAUACAUAUUGUGGUCACUUCCACUUUCUUAAUGUUGCUUAUACUUUCUAAUUUGGCUGCAAUUACAGUUUUUUAUAUGUAUUCCAAGGCUAUACAUGGAGAGCUUGCUGGGGAGAUUGCUGAAGAGUUUGCAAGAGAGUAUGUAAGUUUGCCUUUUGAUGAUGGGAAAGUUCCUCAUGUUGUUUCCGUUGUUUAUGGUUGAUGAAAAUUUCUAGUUUUAGGUGUAUAUAUGAAAAGAAAGAUGUGUGAACAAGUUAAAGAAAUGUUUCAGAUUUGUAAGAAUAGUCAAAUGUUGAACGUUUUUGAGUUGGUUAUGUUUCUCUUUGCAUAUAUAUGGGAGAAAACUGUUUAGCUUGUUAA